AUGUCGAAAAUUGAUGAUCAUUUUCCAAAUGGUUUAAGAGUUUUAUUAGUUGAUAAUAAUAUCCAUGAGAUGAAGAUGCUCUCCAACAAUCUCCAACAAUGCAAAUAUGAAGUUACUGCAACCACAGAAUCAACUAAAGCUCUCGAACUAUUGAGGAAAAAUAAAGAUGAUUAUGACAUUAUGAUUAUUGAAGCCAAACUGCUAGAUAUGGAUGCUUUUGAGUUCUUGAAGAUUAUAACCUUUGAAAUUGACAAACCCGUUAUAAUGGUAUCUAAAACUGACGAAAGAGAAAUGGUGAUGAAAAGUGUGAGAAAUGGAGCUCAAGACUACCUUGUGAAGCCUAUUCGUAUGGAAGAGCUUAGAAACAUUUGGCAACAUGUUCUUAGAAAGAAAUUGUUUGAUCCUCCAAGAUCGUUGACUCCCAUGAUAAGGGAAAGGGAAAACAAAACUGAAAAAGGACCGUGCGCUCCAAAGAAACCUAGGGUUACCUGGUCGAAACAUUUACAAGACAAAUUUUCUCAUGUUAUUGGUGUACUCGGUCCAGAUGCAGUUCCGAAGAGAAUAAUGGAAUUGUUGAGUGAACCACAUUUGAGUCGCGAUCAAAUUGCUAGUCACUUACAGAAGUACAGAAAUGGAUUGAAAAAAGGAAAAAUGAAUUCAGAUCAAACAAAUCAAAAUAAGCAUCUCCAUUUACCUUUGGCUUCCAACAAAAGUCAAUUUUUUAUUCCAAGUCCUCCUCAAAACUCAUUUAUCCAACAAAAUCAACAACAUUUUGGAAUGGUUCCAACCAAUUACAUGGCCAUGCCUUCUCCCAGUUCUGCAAACUUUCAUCAGCCAGUUAUUUCUACAUCUACUUCCGUUUCGACACCAAAUCCUAGUACGUGGAAUAGAUUCAACACGACAAACAUUCACUCCUUUCCGAACAUGGAUUCUGAAUAUGCAGUAUUUCGUGGUCCGACCAAUAAUCAUUUGAUUGGACUUCAACCAUAUCCAACUUCUAUGAAUUCAUUUGGUGAUUCUAAUCAUGUUCCGUCUCAACCUCUUCUAACCAAUUAUCCAAAUUCCCUUGUAAGGACGAUUCCUAUAUCAAGCUCAGGUCAAAAUGAAGGAAAUGUGACUAAAUUCGACACCCCAUACAUGGAAUUGGGAAAAACAGUUACAGAGAAUCCAUUCCAUAUGGGAAGUGGUAUUCCUGAUGAAAAUGACAGGACCAAAAAUGGUCAUAUGAUGUACCAACAAGAAGAGAUGGAAAGAAACAUCAAUGAUAACUGCAAUACUACAUUUGAAGAGGAUCUUAUUCGUUUGAUCAAAGAGAUAUAUCCACUUCAGGAUCUAGGGCCACUCAAACGAAUGCAACGUAUCAAAGGAGAGGACAUGGGAGGGCGUUAUAUUUCUCAUACUAUUGACGUUGAACUUGACGGUCAGUGUGGAUUUAGGGCGAUAGCCGCACUAAUCGGGUAUGGUGAAGAAGUUGUAUCUAAAAGUUACGAAAAAGAAAUGGUGAUGAAAAGUGUGAGAAAUGGAGCUCAAGAAUACCUUGUAAAGAUUAUUCGCAUGAAUGAGCUUAAAAACGACAACAUGUUCUUAGAAAGAAAUGGUUUGAUCCUCUGA